AUGGAGCUAAGUAACCUGGGAAAAUUUCCUCUUAAUGGUUCUCCGCGGGAGAUUGCUGAUUAUUUGGAAUGCUUCGAUGCGUGGUGCAUUUCCAAGAAUGUUCGGGAUGAUAAAAUUCCAGCAUAUUUCAUCACUGCGAUUGGGCUAGAUGCGUAUAGCCUAUUAAAGACUUUGUCAUUUCCAGAUAAACCUAUUUCUCUGCCAUAUGCUAAGCUCCGCGAAAUUCUUAUAGAUCAUUUCCAUGUAACUACUUUUGAGACCAGAGAGAGGGCUCACUUCAACAAACUGGUACGUUCUCCCAACCAGAAGAUUCCAGAAUUUAUUCUUCAACUCCAAAUACAAGCUUCAAAGUGUAAUUUUGGAGAUCAGCUGCAUACUCAACUACGUGAUCGUCUAAUUGCUGGAAUCAAUAUUCCUAAGUUGGAGAAAGAGUUAAUUCAGAUUCCUUUUUGUACCUUUCAAAAUGCUAAAGAUCUAUGCAUUACAUAUGAAGAUGUCAACAGUGAAUACUCUGCUCCUACU